UCUGAGUUCACAUCGAGUCUGCCCCGUUAAGAUCGAAAUUGAGGAGCAUCACGAGAUCGGGUUUUUCAAUCUUGGAAGACAGUUUAAGAGAGGCUGCAGAGAUACAACUCAUAUACCAAAAUGGGUUCACGUUUUGUUUCUACGAUGGCCAGUCUUCUCUUCAUGGCUAUGGUUCUAGAAUCUGCAAUUGCUCAGCUGAGUACGAACCAUUACGCAGCAUCCUGUCCUGGAGGGAAAGCCAAAGUUGCUGAGGUUGUAAAUACAUGGAUCGAGAACGAUAGAACCCUGGCACCGUCUCUCCUCCGCAUGCACUUCCACGACUGCUUCGUUCGGGGAUGUGAAGCUUCCGUUCUAUUGGACGUUCCGAAUGGUGAGAAGUUCGCUUUUGGCAAUAGAAACUCCCUCCGAGGAUUCGAAGUAAUCGAUGAUAUCAAGGCCGAGUUGGAAGUUCUGUGCCCAGGUGUCUUCUCCUGCGCAGAUAUUAUCGCCCUGGCGGCGCGGGAUGCCAUGGUUGCGUUUGGAGUUCCAGGACUUAACUGGAACGUUCCCCUGGGCAGAAGAGAUGGCAAUGUGUCAUCCGCGGCUGAAGCCAACAGCAAUUUGCCACCGCCUUCCGCCAACUUCGACAGCCUUAAGACUCUUUUUGCAGGCAAGGGUUUCAAUGUGCGAGAAAUGGUGGUGCUUUCAGGGUCCCAUACCAUUGGUGUAGCACACUGCAGGACCAUCCAGAGCCGCCUGUACAACUUUUCCUCUACUGAAGCCACUGAUCCUGCACUCCGCAAAUCAUUCGCCAGGUCUCUGAAGAGACAGUGUCCGUUCGGUGACACAACGACAGUGAUCAAGAUGGACCAGAGCACAACAAUCGAUAAAUGGAACAGAGAAUAUUUCGAGAAUGUUCUUGACGGGAAGAGCCUCUUUAUAUCAGAUAACGCGUUGCGUACAACUUUUCAAGGCAGACAUAUCGUGGAUGAAAUGGAAGAGCAUGACUCGCCAUUCACUUCAGAAUUUGCAGCAGCGAUGUCCAAGAUGAGCCAAAUUGGAGUGCUGACUGGUUCCCAAGGACAGAUAAGAACAAAUUGCCGCCUCGUGAAUUAGGUUCUCCAGAAAUUCGGAAGAAAUUAUUAGACUGGACUGGCUCUUGACAGUGGAACCCUGAUGAAACAUUAAUAAUGUAGCUGAUCAACAUUGGUCCUGGAAGCUUGACACUUUUGGAUGAAUGAAUAGAUCUUGCCUCGAAUCUGAUCCAGAGAUACAGUGGGUACUUAAAAAACCUCAGGUAGGCUACAUAGCUCAAAUUACCGAAGUUUGGACGUUGAGAUGAAAACAGUUUGACUUCUCUCCUCGUCCAUGUUCUCGCGCUUUAACCGUCCCCUCACGUUCACAAUAAUAGCAAUUCCAUUGACUCGAAAGGGUCUGUAGCAGAUUCUAGGCCUUCAAGGGAUUCCGAUUAUCGGAAUGUUUUUUCUGGAUAGAAGCACUUCAAUAAAGACUGCAACUUGUUCAGUGUCUGAUAUUAAUGGCCCAGGGGAACUUUUGCACAGGCACUGAUAAACUCUUAGCUCA